AUGAAGUUGGAGUGGUUGGAAGAUGUGGUGAAAACAAUCUUGGGUCCAAUCCCAGCAGUGAAGUAUGAUAAGAGUAGAAACCGGAAAAUAUGGUUCAAUAGCAUGGUGGCUACAUACACUGGCUGGAAGGAUGAAAGGAAUGAUCCUGUGAAGGCUGUUACCUUUGGUGAUGGCCAGCCAUUACCAUCUAAUGUAGUAUAUGAUUGUCUUAAACUACUUGAGGAAGAAUCUAUUGCUAUUCCAUGGCAGAAAGGAGAUGUUCUCUUGAUUGAUAAUUGGGCCGAUCUUCAUUCUCGUAAAUCAUUCAUUCCACCACGCAGGGUGGUAGCUUAA